AUUGUAAAUUUAUGUAUGGUUUACCUAUAUAUUAGUGGAUAUAGUGAUUCUAUAAUUCCUACAGAGAAAACAAUGCUGUGGUUGUUUCUAAGCUUUCUUAACUUGUUAAAGUGAACCAAUAGUUCUUCGGAGUGGAAGAAAGUAAUUUGCUGAGAUGUCAUUCGGGAGUUUUCCUCAGAAAAGCCCGGAGGUGGAGAGCUUCCAUACCAGGUUCAGCACCUGGACUCCCUUUAACAACCAGCCCUUGAACAGACAGCUCUUUCAAGACAGAGUUACUCUCAUAUGUCACUGGUUUGACCUCUGGACCAACAAGCAACGGCAGGAAUUCUUAUUCACAAUUCUUUCACAAUGCUCUAAAUCGCAGCUAAGGUUCAUCCAAGACUGGGUUUCAGAAAGGAAGCAGGUGGCCAGAGUGGAUUUCUCAACAGUGUUACCUCGCUCCAUUUCUCUUUAUAUCUUUUCCUUCCUGAAUCCGAAAGACCUGUGUGCAGCUGCUCAAGUCAGCUGGCCCUGGAAGUUUCUAACGGAGCAGGACUGCUUAUGGAUGCCCAAAUGCAUUAAGUUUGGGUGGUUUCUGCCCUAUACUCCAACACAGAAUGAAUACGGAGCCUGGAAGCGCCACUACAUUGCUUGUGUGUCCAGCUUGGAUUGGCUAACGCCCAGGGAAGCUGCUGCUGUUUAUGGAACACUGAAUGAACCCAAAACAGAGGAUGAGGAGUUCAAGGAGAGGGAAAGAGAAAAGUGCCUGAGAAAAGUAAUUUGGGAGAAAAUAGCAUUCCAUAAGAAGGCGUUAUUCAAAGCUAGACCCCCUUGGCUGAGUGGCAUGGGCUGCACCAGGUUUUUAAAGUCCACGAAUCUACCCAGUGGUCCUCGGAUGUGGAAAGAUGGAACAGGAUUCUAUGAAGCUUUGGAGAAACAGCUGGUUCUGGCAUCUUUAGAUGCUUUGCCCAAGCGAAGCAAUUUCUCUGGAAGUCACUCCUACCCUUUACUGUUAAAGAAAAUUCCUCAUGGGGUUGGCAGAACUGACGACAGCUCUUCCUGUGCUUUGCAACCACAUGUCAUCCUGAUCUCAUCCCAGAUUCCCGCAUAUGAGAUGGUGGUGGAGAGUGUUAAGGUGGGUGUCGUGGCCAUGCCAUAUGAACACAGCGGUGUGACCUUGGAGGGCCUGCUGCAUCUCAUUGACCGAGCUCUUCAAGGACAGAAGGCAUUGAGACUGGGAAUAUUUAGCACUGGAAACAGCAGAGAAAUUGACUUACUCCAAGGCUGUAAGAUUUGUAUUAAAAAUUUACUGUGUCCUGAAGUGAGAGACUUCUGGGAGAAAUUGGGAAGCUGUGUGGCCACUGAAGAAGAAGGGGGACGUGUAGACAUCUUUGUGCCACUUGGAGCAUCAGAAGCAGGCACAGAAGUUCUUUCUCAGCUGUCUCAACUAACUGGCACAUUCUUUUCUGCCCCCGCCGGAAUCGUGACUGGUUCAUACCAACACAUUCUUAGUGACUGGCUGGUGCCACAGCAGGAUAGACCGCCUCCUUCUGACUACUUCAGUGAGUCCAAGCUGCAGGUGUGGACCAGCAUCAUGGACUCCCUGGAAGACACCCUGAAAUUGGUGAGGAAGGAGUUAAAUCCACUCUUCAAGAACUUGCAGAAGAGCAUCAGUGGCCGGAUCAUAGGGCAAUUUAUGUUUGACACUCUGAGUAUGGCCAGCAUUCUAAAUAACCAAGAUACUGCACAGGCCCUGGCGGAUGGACUGAUGGAGUUGUCAAGAGAAGGGUCUGACAAACCUCUGGAAUUUUUGUCACAAUUUCUGCUGAAGAAAUCUAGGAAAAAGAAAGAGGAAUUUGAAGAAAAGGAUAUUCUGAUAGAAUGUGACGUAAAAGUAACAUCAGAUCCACUCAUGAAGCAAAGAAGUGCCAUAGAAGGCAAUUGUCAGGAUGAAAAGUCUAGUCCACACCAAAGGGACCUGAACAUGGAAGUGCUGGUUAAGCUGGAGAGAAAGCUCCAGAUGGACUCAGUAGAGAAACGAACCCGAGUUGUGAGGGAGCUUUUACAGAGUGAGAGACAGUAUGUGCAGAUGUUGGGAAUCGUGAAGGAUGUGUACGCCAGGCCCCUGAGGGCAGCGCUCUCCUCAAACAGAGCCAUUCUGAGUGCCUCCAAUAUACACAUCAUUUUCUCUGAUACUCAACGAAUCUUAAAUCUCAACAGAGAAUUUCUAAAUAACCUAAAAGACAGACUCCAGGAAUGGAGCCCAGCCCAGUGUGUUGGAGAAAUAUUCAUAAAGUUUGGAAGGGAGCUGAAUUCAUAUACCAAUUUCUUUAACAACUAUCCAGUUGUUCUGAAAACCAUCGAGAAGUGCAGAGAAAUGACACCAGCAUUCAGAGCUUUCUUGAAGAGGCAUGAUAACACCCCUGUUACCAAAAUGCUGAGCCUGCCAGAACUGCUUCUGUACCCAUCCCGGAGAUUUGAAGAAUAUGUUCACCUUCUCUAUGCUCUGAGACUCCAUACUCCCGCAGAACACAUAGACCGUGGGGACCUGACCACUGCAAUUGAUCAAAUAAAAAGAUAUAAAGGCUACAUAGAUCAGAUAAAGGAAAACAUCAAAAUGAGAGAGCAGCUAUCUGAUGUACAGACAAUCAUCUCAGGAUGCCCUACUCUAUCAGAAGUAAACAGAUACCUGCUUGGGAUCCACGAUGUAGUUCAGCUUCAUUGCUGUGAUGAGACAAUGGACUUCUCUUUAAGGCUCUACGAACAGACCCGAGACCUCAGCCUUUUCCUCUUCAAUGAUGUACUGCUUGUUACCAGUCGGGGCACAUCUCAUACUCCAUUUGAAAGGACUUCUAAAACAACCUACCAGUUCAUUGCUUCCGUGGCCCUUCCCAGCAUGCUCAUAGAAGACAUUCCAGACUCCAAAUAUGUCAAGAAUGCAUUCAUUCUUCAAGGUCCAAAACGUGAAUGGAUUUGUGCUACAGAGGUGGCAGAUGAUAAAUUCCUUUGGUUGUCUGUACUCCAAACUGCAAUCAGAAGCAGUAUGAAGUAAGACUAGACUCAAAAAAAAAGACAAGAGGGUCCUUGGAAAGUCAUAUAACACCUUCAGCUCACCUAGUAAACAGCACAUAGGUACCAGUCGUGGAUAGUGAGGAGGCGGAAGAGCUAGGACUGCCUGUGAGGUUCCUUCCAACUUUAAAAAUGUAUGAUUAAGCUAUUAAGAAUGCAUAAGAACAAGUCUAAAAUUUUGAACCAUAUCUUUUGGUAGGUACUGCUCAGGGCAUUAAUUAAAACAAUCUGACAUGAUGAGUAAUGAGAAAAACCAUGUAGGAUUUUAAAAAUGAGUAAUGAAAAAUCAGAAUGAAUGUUUAUUUCAUGAGCAUUCUAAAACAAUACUUGAAUUUGUUUGUGACUCACCACUCAAUAUCAACUUUUUCAUGAUGCAAUUAAUGAGUUUAAGGGUAUGCCUGAGAACUAUGAAUGGCAGCUUUCUUGAGCAAGUGUCAAAUAAAUUGAAUGUGCCCCUUCUAAAAGCAUUAGAAUAUGCCAUGUCUAAGAACUAAAACAUUUGGUGGGUUUUGUUUCUUUGUUUUCUAUAAUUCUUUUUGCUUUCAGACAAAAUUCCUAGAUCUUCCAAAUAACCUUAAUUUUUUUAAAACCAUAACAUUAGAAAUUCAUUGGUGGGAGAAUCCAAUUUUUAAAUAACAAAAAUUAAUGAAUGGGACUGGAGAUACAGCUCAUUAGUUAAGAGCACUGGCUCUUUUUACAGAAGACUCAGAUCCAAUUCCUGGAACCCAUAGCAGAUUGUAAUCUAUAACUCCAGUUCUAGGGAAAUUUAUACUCUCUUUGGCCUCCAUGGGUGCUAAGUAUCCCAUAGCAGAUUGUAAUCUAUAACUCCAGUUCUAGGGAAACUUAUACUCUCUUUGGCCUCCAUGGGUGCUAAGUAUGGAUGCAGUACACAGAGAUAUAUGCAGGCAAAACACACAUACCCAUACAAAUUAAAAUAAUCUGUAAAAAUUAAUGGAAAUUGUUGCACUUCAGACUCAGGGCCCAGAGACUCCUGAACUGGAACGGGCCUGAAUGACUCCUCCCUAAGGACUAGCCUUUGAGGUACCCAGAAAGUGACAUGUAAGCGUCCAAAGGAGGAAAGCAACCAACAGACCUACCUAGCUAUGAUGUCUAUGAAAUACAAUGACCAGCAUGGGAUGAUAACCCUAUGAGUGCAACUGUGGCACGCAUACCUGGUGGUACCAACAACUCUCUAAUUGGACAUAAGACCAUCUCAACAGGAAGGAAAUCAUGCCUGGUACUGGAAACCUAAGCCAACUACUCAGGGCUAGUGAAGUCAUGGAUCUUGGAGGAGAAUCUAUAACCAGCAUAAUCUCUAACUACGUUCUAAAUAUUUGUCCUUCUAGCCACCAAUAAGUGUGGUCCUCAUCCCUCAAUAAGGAAAUCUUUCUUUGUAACAAACAGAAUCACUGCAGAAAACUACAACCAAUCAAAUAGCAGAUUUUAGAACCCAGUCCCAAAGGAUUCAUCUACAAAACAAUCAGAACCUAAGGCUCAGGAAACACUGUAGAAGGCAGGGGUUAUACAAGCCAGAGGAUCAGGGGCUUUUCUGUGUCUCCUAGUAAUGCCAGAAGCUACAUCCAUAAAGAGUCACCAACAUGACUACUUAAACAUGAGCUGAAAAAAAGGUGGCUAUAACAGAAAUGCCAAUGUGGGUGGGCGAAAGGUCGCCAGGCAGGCAGGCCUCUCUCUAGCCUACACAGAACUACAGACAACCUUGGGGUGCUCAGAGUGGGAGAAACAGUCUUCCCCAGGGAAGACAAUAACAACUGGAUAUCCAAUACCAACUGGUCAGCCCUGAAAACAUGCAUACAAAUAACAUUCACAGAUCAAGCACACUGUACUUAGGAAUAUGACUGUAUAAAGAGGUCAUGAAUAUGAAAGAGUGUAAGGAGGGGCUUAUGGGAGAGUUUGGAAGGAGAAACUAAAAUUAGCAGCCAGUCAUAGUGGCACAUGCCUUGAACCCCAACACUUCAGAGGCAGGAAGAUCUCUGAGUUUGAGGCCAGCUGGUUACAUAAAGUUCCAGGGUAGCGAGGGAUACAGCAACCUGGUCUUAAAAUAAAUAAGCAACAAACAAAAAAUAGAAAUUAACAACAACAACAAAAAGUACCUAUAAUGAAAUUGAGCUGAAUAAAAAUGGAUUCUUUUUGCAAAGUUA